AAGCGAGUCCAAGAUGAAGACCAUCAUCACGUCCCAGACGGUGACCAUCCCUAAGACCAUAUCAGUGAGCGUCAAGAAGCGUGUAGUGACCAUAAGGGGUCCCAGAGGCACCCUACGUCGCUACUUCAAGGACAUGAAGCUGGACAUGAAGACACAAAAGGUGAAGAAGGGUACCGUUGUUUCUGUGGAUAAAUGGUACGGAAACCGUAAGGAGGUCGCUGCCGUGUGCACCGUUUGCAGCCACAUUGCCAACAUGGUCACCGGCGUUACUGAUGGUUUCCAGUACAAGAUGAUGCGCGCUGUGUACGCCCAUUUCCCCAUCAACUGCGUCAUCUCAAACAACAACCAGGGUGGAGGAGUUGACAGGCAGGAUGGUGGAGUGGGCUGGGAGGGUGGUGGACGCUGGGUGUGGAGGAAGAAGCCGGUGCUCGUUAAGAUGCAAUUACAACCCCAGAUGCUGCCGCUGCCACGACUGUCAUGCUGCGAUGACUUCCGCUCCCGACAUGAUGUCUUGGUCCUGGCGUGA